CGAGGUCUAGUUGAGUCAAAAAUCAGAUGGACGACGUUGAAAGGUUAUAGGAAGUCUUAAACGACGACUAUCCUGGUCUUCCUUACUAUCUUUGAGAACACCUUCAACACAUUCAACGCCCUUUCAAUAAACAUAUUUUUGAGCUUCAAGGUGUUCUAGUCGUAAGAUUUGACUGAGUCUCCUGGAACGACCAUCUCAAAAAUGGCUGUUGAAAGCGAAGGCCUCGCCCGCAACAACGGCGAUGCCAAGGCUCCAAAUGACAAUGAGAAAUACGGAGAUAUCUUACCGUCUUCGGGAGAGGAUGAGCAACAGGUCAAGGAGACACCUCCUCGCGACGUCACCGGCUGGAAGUGGUACAUGGCAAUAACAGCCAUCCUCUUCUCCAUCUUCCUUUACGCGCUAGACAACACAGUCGUGGCCGACAUCCAGUCCAUCAUCAUCAAAGAUCUCGGAGAAGUCGACAAACUUUCCUGGCUGAGCGUCGCCUUCCUCUUGACGGCUACAGCCACCAACCUAGUUUGGGGUAGGCUCUACGGCCAGUUCAACGCCAAAUGGUUCUACAUUUUCAAUGUCUUCCUUUUCGAGGUGGGCUCGGCCAUUUGUGGUGCUGCCCCCAACAUCAACGCCUUAAUCGUCGGCCGCGCCCUUUGCGGCAUUGGCGGUGCUGGUCUCUAUGUCGGUUGCAUGUCGCUCAUCGCGAUGACAACGACCAUGGCUGAACGUCCCCUUUACAUAUCUAUGACAGGCUUCACCUGGGGGGCUGGCAUCGUGCUUGGCCCUGUAAUAGGAGGGGCUUUCAGCCAGUCCGCAGUUGGGUGGCGUUGGGCUUUUUACAUAAACCUCUUUAUUGGCGCGGUAUGCGCCCCCGCCUAUCUGUUUCUGAUACCUAGUAUAGACCCACGGCCCGGCGUGUCUUUUAAGGAACGCGCUCAGGAAAUGGACUACACUGGUACUGUUCUCCAGAUGGGCGCCAUGGUGACCUUCGUCUUAGCGAUAAACUGGGGGGGUGUUACCUACCCCUGGAAAUCGGGUCACAUAAUCGGUCUCUUCGUUGCUUCGGGUGUGCUCUUCAUCCUUUUAGGGAUUCAACAGGCUUAUGCGAUAACCACGACGGCGAUUCGUCGAAUCAUUCCUGUUCAAUUUUUCCGGUCGCGCUCCGUACUUAUCCUCUUCAGCUGUACAGCUGCCUCGGGAGCAUGCGCCUUCGUCCCUAUCUAUUUCGUUCCCAUUUUCUUCCAGUUCAGUCGUGGUGAUGGGCCAUUAGAUGCCGGUGUUCGACUUCUUCCUUUCAUCGCAGUCAUGGUGGUCGUGGUAUUCGCCAAUGGGGCCCUUCUUUCAAAGUUGGGUUAUUAUAUGCCCUGGUACACCGCUGGUGGCUUGUUUGCGAUGGCUGGUGGCGCCCUUAUGUAUACCGUGGAUUCGGAGACAUCGGAAUCGCGGAUCUAUGGGUACACAGUAAUUCUAGGCCUCGGAGUCGGCAUGUUCCUCCAGGCAUCCUUCUCCGUCGUGCAAGCUGUAGUCGAUCCGGAAAACAUUCCACCCGCGGUCGGUUUCCUCACAUUGGCUCAAUUCGCUGGUAUUACUAUCGCUCUAGCCAUCGCCAAUGCCAUUUACCUCAAUGAGAGCGAGACUCAAAUCUCGAAGAUCGCGCCUUUCCUAACGCAAGAUCAAAUAGAGCUUGCCAUGCAAGGUGCAGCGGGCGAUGCCUUCAACGACCUUCCGGCCGACACGAGGGCGGCGAUCUUAAAUGUCAUCACGACGGCUAUCAGCAAGACGUAUAUCCUCGUUAUCGCGGGUGGAUCACUAGUCGCGAUUCUCAGUCUUGCCAUGAAGAGGGAGAGGUUAUUCGCUCCUGUUGCUGUCGGUGCUGCCUAAGUUUUAUAACGCUUGAGAGGAGAGAAAUUGUGUUCAAGAUACGGGCUGCAGACUGCUGAGAGUUUAAUGAGACCCUUAUCUCGCCGCAGCUACCCCACCCUCCCAACUCGGCCCCCAAAUUUAUGUUACACAAAUUUACCCCUCAUUUUCGAGUUGUUCGUAUACCAGCGACGAAACGCGUAAAGCGCACCCAGAACUUUGAAUCUCCUCAGUGUUAUUUCAGUUGA